GUGCCCGCGGAUCGCGGUCCCCCAUUGGGUCACUUCCGGCGGGCGCUGUCGUUGUCGCCUGUCGCGACAGGAGGAGGCGGCGGGGCCGAAUCGCGACAGUCGCGAUGAGGGCGGGACCGGUGCUGCGGCUCUGCGCCCUCCCGGGGCUGAGCUACCGGCAGGGCCAGCGGCCCGAGCCCGGGAUCCGCGAGUAUUUCUAUUACCUGGAUCUGCACGGGCAGCUGUUCCUGGACGACGCCAAAGUGAAAAACUUCACCACGUGUUUCCGAGACGCCGCCUUCCUGUCCCAGUUCUUCUCCCGGCUCCAGCGGAACGUCUCCGGCCGUUUCCGUUCCCGGUUCCCGUUCGUGUCGCGCUGCGGCCGCGAGCGGAAUUUCCUUCGCUGCGCCGACCUGCCCGUGGUCUUCACCCACCUCCUGCCCGGCGGCGCCGAAAUCGCCUUCGGUAACGCCGGCGCGGCGCUGACGGUGCCGUUCCGGCCCGAGGCGCUGGCGGCGCUGCCGGAGAACGGGCGGCUCUACCACCCGGCGCCGGCGCGGCUCGGCGGCGCGGGAUUGGUGCGCUCAACGUUGGCCCAAGAGUUGAGUUGGGCCUUGGUCUUCGGCCACGGCCCCGCGGAGCCGCCGACGCAUUUUCGGUGGCGCGGGAAGGAGGUUCGGCUCAGCCCAGAGGUUUUGGUGGCCGUGAGGGAGGAGAGGGCGCGGAUGGAGGAGGGGCGGUGACGCCGAAAAAAUUGGAGUGGGAAUGGUCGAGAAAGGCAAAAAAUCUACAAAUAAAUGAUAAAAAAAGAAAAAACCCAAAAAA